AUGUCCUGGCCACAGGGUACGCAUGAUUCAUGGCCCCAGCAGCCUAUUUUCCCUCAAAAGUAUCCCCGGAAUGUCGAGUUUAUCGACAAUCUGAAGCUUGACAAGAAGCUCCAACCGAAAGAGUACCAUAUAGAAGGUACCCAUCAACGAUCGCGGAUCCUGUUUACCGAUGUGAGGAUUCUUGACUCUACCGGGCGCGAACCGUUUGCAGGAGACGUCUUAAUCGAAGGAGAGAAAAUUGUCGCUGUCGGCGAAGUAGCAAACAAAGUAGACCUCGAGAGAGAUCCAUCCGUCCGCGUUUUCCACGGCCGGGGGAGAACACUAAUGUCCGGCCUUGGAGAUGGGCAUACCCAUUUUACAUGGAACGGAGGUGAUCUCAACCGGCUGGGUGAACUUGAUGUCGAGGAGCACGUACUCUUAACGAUCAAGAGUGCCCAAUGCUUCCUGGACUCUGGAUAUACCAUGUGCUUUGGGGCGGCUGCAGCCAAAGAUCGUCUUGAUGUCGUGGCUCGAGACGCCAUCAAUGCUGGCGACAUUCCUGGUCCGAGAUAUCUAGCCAAUGCUCGAGAGAUUGCAAAGCCAGAGGGGGAGCUGGUAGCAGGAAUUACUCGGUUUGCCGAAGGCCCGGAUGAGAUGCGCGAAGUGAUCAAACACAACAUUCUGACUAUCGGCGUGGAUAACGUCAAAAUAAGCAUUUCCGGGGAAGAAAUAACAGAAAUCCGGUCGGCACAGGACUGCUAUUUUUCAGACGAGGAUAUCAUUGCUUGUGUGGAUGAGGCUCACAAGUACGGUAAGAGAGUCUGUGCACACGCGAGAGCUCGAGACUCGGUCAAGAUGUGCGUGAAGCAUGGAGUAGAUGUCAUUUACCACGGCUCCUACAUCGAUGACGAAGGCACGUAUCACUUUUACCCUUCUAGUUGGUGUGCUACGACUAACGAUUCAGGCAUGGACAUGCUUGAACGGGAGAAACACAGGUACAUUGUCGUACCAGCAAUCAACUGGCUUUAUGCCACGACUUAUGAGGCUGAGGCUUUUGGUUACACCCAUGACGCAGCUGAGAAGGCUGGAUAUAAACGGGAACUUGAUAUUGCUGUUGCAGGGUUGCGGGAGAUGCAUCGACGUGGCAUUGUUGUGUUGCCGGGAGGGGAUUACGGUUUUGCGUGGACGCCCCACGGGACAUAUGCGCGCGAUCUUGAACACUUUGUGAAGUUGCUGGGCUUUUCGCCUCACGAGAGCAUCAUCGCCGCCACUGCUGGUGUCGCUGCCCUCUUGAUGCGAGGCCACGAAUUGGGCAAGAUUCAGCCGGGCUACUACGCAGAUUGCAUUCUCGUCGACGGGGACCCUCUGAAAGAUAUAUCUAUAUUACAGGAUCACGACCGAUUAAAUGUUAUCAUCAUGAAUGGGCGAGUACAUAAGGCUGGGCGCAGGGAAUAUAUAAGUGAUAUGUCUGGGGCUUUAUCGACGGGGAUUCCGAAACAUCUCACGGAAGAAUUUCCAGAGAAGAAGCCCGCUAUGCAAAAGUCCUACUGA